GGAGCGAGGCAGGUUCACACUCUAAUUUCCACACACGUUGAUUGACCGUUGAAAAACAAGGAUCCUAUAUAUAGAGAUCUCACAACUCACAUUAUUUGCAAUAAUUAAGCCGAUCGAGUGAGAGUGGUAAUGAUGAGCAACAAGAAAGCAGCACAAGUGGUGUUGGUGCCUUCUCCAGGCCAAGGUCAUCUGCUCUCCACCCUCCAGUUCGCCAAGCUUCUGGUGAACCACGACCACCGUCUCACCGUCAAUAUCAUGCUUUUCAAGUCCCCUGUUGACUCCAAAACCACAUCUACAGCAACAAACUCCCUCCACUCUGAGUCCCACCGCAUAAACGUCAUUAACCUGCCCGACUACACUCCCAAGCCGCCCUCAUCAGACUCCGAGAGAGCCUCCUCCAUGGACGCUCUCAUCGAUUUCAUGAAGCCCCACGUCAGAGAAGCCGUCACCAAGCUCACUGGCUCCCCCUCCGCCCCACCACUGGCCGCCUUCGUCCUCGACAUGUUCUUCACCUCAAUGAUUGAGAUUGCCAAGGACUUCCGUGUCCCUGCCCUCGUGUUCUUUACCUCUGGAGCAACCUUCUUUGGCAUGACCCUUCACAUGCACACGCUCCGUGUCCGGGACAAUCUGGUAGCCUACGAGUGGGAGGACUCCGACUCGGAGUUGACCAUCCCCACUUUCGCAAACCCAUUCCCGUGGAGAAAUAUGCCCACUUUCCUCACACGAAAGCAAUGGGACCCGAUUUUCAUGUCGUAUGCCAGCGGCCUCAAAGAAGCUGAUGGUUUUAUCAUAAACACCUUUGAGGAGCUCGAAUCCUACGCCAUUCACUCUUUCCAUGAUGCUGCUUUUCCUGUUUAUCCGGUGGGUCCCCUACUCAACCUCAGCGGGGAUGACGACCGUGCUUCGGAGACCAUCAUCAAGUGGCUCGACGACCAACCUCCUUCCUCCGUAGUGUUUCUCUGCUUCGGGAGCAGAGGUUGGUUCCAUCAGGAGCAGGUCAGGGAGAUCGCGCGGGCUCUCGAGGACAGUGGGGCCCGCUUCCUCUGGUCCCUGCGCAAACCCCCACCUGAGGACUCUUUCAUGGGCGCGCCAUCUGAUUACUCUCUCCCUGAGCUCACAGAGCUUCUGCCUCAUGGGUUCCUGGACCGGACGGCAGAAGUGGGAAGAGUCAUUGGAUGGGCCCCUCAGGCCCAAAUUCUGGCUCACAAAGCCACGGGUGGGUUUGUUUCUCAUUGCGGCUGGAAUUCUACGCUGGAGAGCAUAUAUUAUGGUGUGCCCAUUGCGGCAUGGCCGCUCUAUGCGGAACAGCAAUCCAAUGCAUUUCAGUUGGUGCGUGAGCUGAAGCUGGGUGUGGAAAUUUCGUUGGAAUUCAAGCAUGAGUUGAUGUUUGGGACUACCCGGGUGUUAAGUGCGGAGAAGAUCGAGAAAGGAAUAAGGAAUUUGUUAACAGAUACGGAGGUGAGGAAAAGAAUGAAGGAGAUGAGUGAAAAGUCUAGGAGUACUAUGAAAGAGGGUGGAUGUUCAUACUCUCAUUUGGGGCGUUUGAUUGAUUAUUUAAUGGAUAAAGUUAGUGUAUGAAUCAAAACUGCUCUUGUAAGUUGUAACCAUCAUAUCCAGAUGGAAUUCACAAUGCAAUCAUACGCCGUCUCAGCUCUUUCAUUUUGUUAUACACACCUCAUUCUAAGUUAACAAAGCCAUUUUGGUUUA